UGAAGGUGCAGCAGGGAUACCUCAGGGAGGAGCUCAGCAGCACCCCCCACCCAGGGAAGGAGAUCGAAAGGCUGCGCGUGAGGCCGAUAGAAAGAAGAAAGGGGCUCGUGAACAGUCAAGCUGGCCACUUCCCCCUUUCAAAGGUGAACACAGUAAAAUUUAUGGCAGGCACACUAUCAGACAACAGAGGAGCAUAAAAGGAAGAAGAGUGACAGCCCGUCCAUCUGCGGACACGGUUCAUCUGAGGCCCACGACACCUGGAGGAUUCUGGCAUGGGGCUGCAGCCGCACGUUUUCCUCCUGGGGCUGCUGCUGCUUCUGGGACAAGGGACUACCCAGGCCAAUUCCUCUCCUGGAGAGAACACAUUGGAAAAACAGCUAUGGACAGAGUUUCCAGCCCUGAAGAAUUUUCCAUUCCUAUGCAACCCAAAGAAGUCAGGAUCCAACAUGCCUUCUGAGUCAGUCCACUCUCUGAGACCUUCUGACAUUAAAUUUGUGGGAGCCAUUGGCAAUGUUGAAACUUUUCCAGACUCAGGGACAGCCAAAGUGGAGAAGCACCAAUGGAAUGGAGAAAGGUCACAGCAGACAUGCAUGGGAAUGGUGGCAGUCCUUUCAGAAGUCAUCAGACACUUCAACCCCUCUGUUCUGAGGCCCGUGUGCAGCCCUGGGAAGAGUGUACUAUCCCACAACAGUGCUAAAGACUUGUGGAUUCAGGCAAAAGAACUGGUGAGAAGCAUGAAGGAGAACCAGCAACUUGACUUUCAAAAUGACUGGAAGCUCAUCAAUGUGUUCUUCAGUAAUGCGAACCAGUGUCACCUGUGUCUCCCCACCCAACAGCAAAGACACAUGAAGGCUAGCAUGGACAAGCUGACUAGGACACUGGACUACCUGCUCCACGAGGUCCCCAAAGCGUUUGUGAACCUGGUGGAUCUCUCUGAGGCUGUAGGGGUGUCUCGCUGGCAUCAGGGGACCCAGCUCAGCUCUGCAGCAAAGCCCUGCCACUGCUCAGGGGACACCUCGAAGCUGUCCAAGGUUGUGUCACAGUGGUUCUAUCAGGAAAGCUGGGACCGUCUCCUGGCCUCCAGCAAGUACAAUGAGCAGGAGUCCUUCGCAGUGGUUUUCCAGCCCUUCUUCUACGAGACACUCUCGAGGCAACGGCCACUUCAGGAUCCCACCACACUCGCCUUGAACCUCUGGAACAACAUGAUGGAGCCAGCAGGAGAGAAAGAUGAGCCAAUCAGUGCAAAACAGAGGAAGCUGGUGAAAUGUCCCUCUCAGGAGAAUCCGUAUCUGUUCACCUACAGGAAUAGCAACUACCUGCCCAGGUUGAUGAAACCCCAUGGGAAGCUUGAGGUGAAUGAUGGAAUAGAAAUCAAGUGCCCUGACAAGGAUCCCUCCGACAGGAUUCCCACCUCAGUUCACAGGCUGAAGCUGGCGGACAUCAAGGUGAUCGCAGCCCUGGGCGACUCUAUCACUGCAGGUAAUGGGGCCGGGUCCAAGCCUGGGGAUGUCUUGGAUGUCCUUACUCAAUACCGAGGCCUGUCUUGGAGCGUUGGCGGAGAUCACAACCUCAGCAGCGUCAUCACCUUGGCCAACCUCCUCCGGGAAUUCAACCCUUCCCUCCAGGGCUUCUCUGUUGGCACCGGGAAAGAAGACAGUCCUGGAGCCUUCUUCAACCAGGCCGUGGCUGGAGAACGAGCUGAGGAUUUAGCUAAGCAGGCCAGGAGGCUGGUGAACCUAAUGAAGAAUGACACUAGGAUAAAUUUUCAGGAAGAUUGGAAGAUAAUAACCCUGUUUAUAGGAGGCAAUGACCUCUGUGAUUUCUGCGAGGACCCGGUUCACUAUUCUCCCCAGAACUUCACAGACAACAUUCAGAAGGCCCUGGACAUCCUCCAUGCUGAGGUUCCUCGGGCAUUCGUCAACCUGGUCAAGGUGGUGGAGAUCGUCAAACUGAGGGAGCUGUACCUCGAGAAGAAAGUCAACUGCCCAAGGCUGAUUCUUAGGAAUUUGUGUCCCUGUGUCCUGAAGUUUGAUGAUAACUCAACAGAACUUGUCCUCAUUGAAACAAAUAAGAAUUAUCAGGAGAAAACUGACCAGAUGGUUGAGAGUGGGCGAUACGACACGAGGGAAGAUUUCACAGUGGUCAUACAGCCAUUCUUCGAAGUGAACCUGCCAAAGACCUCGGAGGGCUUGCCCGACAACACUUUCUUCGCCCCUGACUGUUUCCACUUCAGCAGCAAGUCUCAUGCCCACGCAGCCAGUGCCCUCUGGAACAAUUAUGGUAAGAUGACUGAGCUGGAACCCAUUGGCCAGAAGGCAACAGAGAGUAAUUUGAAGAAGAUCAAUAUCACAUGUCCAAACCAGGACUGGCCGUUUCUGAGCACCUACAAGAACAGUGUGCAGGGUCAUGGGAGCCAGCUGCUGUGCCGGGACAGAGCCCCUUCCACCUCAGUGCCUACCUCAGUGCACGCCUUGAGACCUGCAGAUAUCCGAGUCGUAGCUGCUCUGGGGGAUUCUCUGACUGCUGGCAAUGGAAUUGGCUCCAAACCAGACGACCUUCCUGAUGUCACCACUCAGUAUCGCGGGCUGUCAUAUAGUUCAGGAGGAGAUGGCUCCCUGGAGACCGUGACCACCUUACCAAAUAUUCUUCGGAAGUUUAACAGAAACCUCACAGGUUAUGCGGUGGGCACAGGGGACGCCAAUGACACCAAUGCGUUCCUCAAUCAGGCUGUUCCUGGAGCAAAGGCUGAGGCACUUACGAGCCAAGUCCAGUCUCUGGUGCAGAGGAUGAGAGAUGACCAUAGAAUAAAUUUCCAUGAGGACUGGAAAGUCAUCACGGUGCUGAUUGGAGGCAGUGACUUAUGUGACUACUGCACGGAUUCGAAUCUGUAUUCUUCUGCCAACUUUUAUGACCAUCUCCGUAAUGCCUUGGAUGUCCUGCAUAGAGAGGUGCCCAGAGCCCUGGUCAACCUCGUGGACUUCAUGAGCCCCAGUGUCAUGCGGCAGGUGUUCCUGGGGAACCCAGACAAAUGCCCGGUGCCACAGGCCAGCAUUUUGUGUAACUGCAUCCUGACCCCUCGGGAGAGCUCCCAAGAGCUGGCCAGAUUGGAGGACAUCACCAGAGCCUACCAGAGCAGCAUGCGCGAGCUGGUGGAGUCAGGCCGCUAUGACACGCGGGAGGACUUCUCUGUGGUGCUGCAGCCCUUCUUCCACAAUACCCGGCUCCCCAUCCUGGAGGAUGGACAACUGGAUAUGUCCUUCUUCGCCCCAGACUGCAUCCACCCAAGUCAGAAAUUCCACUCUCAGCUCUCCAGAGCCCUUUGGGUCAAUAUGCUUGAACCACUAGGAAGGAAAACAGAUACCCUGGACAUGAAAGCAGAUAUACCCCUCUCCUGUCCCACUCAGAACGAACCUUUUCUGAGAACCUUCCGGAACAGCAACUAUACAUACCCCACCAAGCCAGCCAUUGAGAACUGGGGCAGUGACUUCCUGUGUAUGGAGUGGAAUCCUUCCGACAGUGUUCCCACCUCGGUUCAUGAGCUCCGACCAGCAGACAUCAAGGUGGUAGCUGCCCUGGGUGAUGCACUGACUGCAGCGGUGGGAGCCCGCCCAAGCAACUCCAGUGACAUACUCAUGUCCUGGCGGGGACUCUCCUGGAGCAUUGGAGGGGAUGGCAUUUUGGAGACCCACACCACACUGCCCAACAUUCUGAAGAAGUUCAACCCUCGUAUCCUUGGGUUCUCCACCGGCACAGAGGAGGAGACGGCAGGCCUGAAUGUAGCAAUGGAAGGGGCCAGAGCUCGGGACAUGCCGACCCAGGCCCGGGACCUGGUGGACCGAAUGAAAAACAGCCCUGAAAUCGACCUGGAGAAAGACUGGAAGCUGAUCACACUCUUCGUUGGGAGCAACGACUUGUGUCAUUACUGCGAGAAUCCGAAGGCCCACUCAGCCGAGGAGUAUGUUCGGCACGUCCAGCAGGCCCUGGACAUCUUCUACGAGGAGCUUCCGAGGGCGUUCAUCAACGUGGUGGAGGUCAUGGAGCUGGCAGGCCUGCACCAGGGCCACGGUGGGAAAUGUGGCACGCCACUGGCAGCUCAGAGCAACUGUACUUGCUUUAAACGCUCCCAGGAGAACUUCCUGGAGAUGCAAGAACUGAAGAAAGUGAACUGGAACUUCCAGAGUGGUGUCUCCAAGUUCUCCUACUGGCACCAAUACCUGCAGCGUGAGGAUUUCACGGUGGUCGUGCAGCCUUUCUUCCGAAACACCCUCGUCCCCCUGAACGAGAGAGGGGGCGCUGACCUCACCUUCUUCUCCGAGGACUGUUUGCACUUCUCCGCACGUGGUCAAGCUGAGCUGGCCAUAGCACUCUGGAACAAUAUGCUGGAACCAGUGGGCCAUAAGACGACCUCCAACAACUUCACCUACAGCCGAACCAAACUCAAGUGUCCCUCUGCUGAGAGCCCUUACCUCCACACCCUGAGGAACAGUCGCCUACUCCAAGAGCAGGCGGAAGCAGUGCCUGACGCGCUCUCCUGGGCCGUGCCCGUGGCAACAGGAGGCAGCGGCCUUGUAAUUGGAAUCAGUGCAGCGAUGGCAUGGAAAGCCUUGAAAGGUCGUCGGAAGACGGAAAAUCAUCCAAUAAGCCUGAACACUGUCAGCUUCUAGACCUGCCAGCCGUGUGCAGGAGCUCAUCCUACCCCCCCAGCCACACUCCUCAUCAGCCCUCUACCUCAGCCUCCCCUUACCACCACAGACAGCACUUGUUUCAGCACCCAGUGACCUAGGAAGCCAAAGGGACAAUCAUGGCUUCUUGGGGUCUGGGCCUACGCUCCUGGAACUGCCAAAUUUAAAUAAAGGCCAAAGCCGUUUUGUUCUUGGU